CUCAGUCAAGCAGCUUGUGAAGCACAAAGCAAAGCGAAAUAAACAAAUCCCAUAAAAAAAAAAUAAAAACCAAAAAAAACAAAAACGAACAAACAAAAUUUGAAUAUUCAAAUAGAACAAAGAAUAUAACCGAAAAUGUCUGAUAAUGAAGAUAGUCCCAGUACCUCGAAGAAGGCAACACGUCCCAAGCCGCCGAAGCGUUCGCCUCGCGGCCCACCUCCGCCCGUCCAACCACGUCCACGAGCUGAAAAUCCCGGUGACAGUUCACCAACGCCUCAGUUUGUAACGCAAACUGCGGAAACGCAAAGCGAUCUGCAGCCUAAGCGUUCAUCACGUCGUAAGAAGCGUGUUGUUCUGCCAGACAAAGAGAUGGAUUCAUACGGACCACCACCCGUGGAAUCGUAUGCUCCUACUCUGCCGCCACCAUCCGAUCGGCCUGAGGUCAUACACACACGAACCGAACAGCCAGAGACCUAUGAGCCACAUCCCGCACGUUCGGGGCGUCGCUCCAGCAGCGCCUUUGGCCAUAUAUUCAAGCGCAGAGAAGCUAGUCGGCCAAGUGAAGCCGACCCGGAUCCCGAGGCUACACAACACCGCAGAUCCACCAUUGGAGCUCGGGAAAUUAUAAAAGCAAAAGCUUCCCGUAUUCUCUACACCACCGACGAGGAGGUGCGCGAUGCACUCAUGGAAUUCGGAGUAUUUAUAAUAUUUCUCAUUUUGACCUCCCUGGUCACACUCUCUGUUCGGCACUCGUAUAUGUUUUAUUUGAACGAUACAAUCAAGAAACUGUUCACCACACGUGAUAUGGUCAUUUCGCCCUCGGUGACUGUAAAUUUUGAGAAACUGAUCACCAUACCAGACUUUUGGGACUAUUUGAUUUAUAAUUUCCUGGUGAUACUGCACGGCGAUAUGACCGUCGUUAAUCCCGACGGUUCACAUGCUGAAAAUGAAGAUGAUGACGAACAAGGGCCACCAAGCAAUGAGCCAGCAGAAAAUGAACCAGACAGUGAAGCACCAGGCGGUGAAUCAGAAGACAAGCCACCUGAUGGUGAUGACGGUGGCGGUGCCAGGGUCAAGCGUCUAAGGUCAGGUUAUCAGACUCAUUUUAAAAAACGACAGGGCAACUUGACGCGCCUCGAAGGCCGUGUCUUUUUGCACGAGAACCUGUUGCUGGGACCGCCACGGUUACGCCAGAUACGUGUACGCAAGGAUAGCUGCUAUGUGAGCGAUGCAUUUAUACGAUAUUUCAACACGUGCUAUGCCGAAUUUUCACCCAGUGCAGAGGAGAUUGUAAAGGAACACGGCGGUGCACCAUACAAAACAAUGGGCGAAUUGGAUUCGAUGCCAUUGUGGACAACCUUGGGCUUCUAUCGUUCCGGUGGCUAUACCGUCGAUUUGACAUACAGUAAAAAGAAGAACCUAAAUACCAUCAAGGAACUAAUGAAAAAUCAUUGGUUGGAUCGCGGUUCGCGUCUCUGUCUGAUCGAGUUCAAUCUGUACAACGAGAAUACAGACAUCUUUCAGAGCGCCAAAUUUAUAGCGGAAAUACCACCCACCGGUGGGGUUAUACCGCAGAGUCAGCUGCAGACAGUUAAACAGUUCUCUUUCAUAACGGACAAAAGUCUGACCAUGUCUGUUGUAUAUAUAUUCUGGUAUAUUAUGGUUGUGUACUAUAACAUCUAUGAGAUCAAUGCAAUGCGUAAAUGUGGUCUCAAGAACUAUUUUAAAUCCAUACUCAAUAUACAGGAUUUACUUAUACAACUGUUUUGUUACCUGGCUCUGGUCUAUAAUAUUUGGCAUACGUUCAAAAUCAAAUCUUUGGUCUCCAGAGUGCGAUUCGAGGAAAGCUAUCAGAGUUUAGAUACUCUGUGCUUUUGGAAUACCAUCUAUGUGGAUAUGAUGGCCAUUUUGGCAUUUCUGGUCUGGAUCAAGAUCUUUAAAUUCAUCAGCUUCAACAAGACGCUCGUGCAGUUCACAACCACAUUAAAGCGCUGCUCCAAGGACUUGGCUGGUUUCAGCCUUAUGUUUGGCAUUGUAUUUCUGGCCUAUGCUCAGCUGGGUCUAUUGCUGUUUGGCACCAAACAUCCAGAUUUUCGUAAUUUUGUGACCUCCAUUUUGACCAUGAUACGCAUGAUUCUUGGCGACUUUCAAUAUAAUCUCAUUGAGGACGCGAAUCGUGUGCUGGGACCCAUCUACUUUCUAACCUAUAUUCUGUUGGUCUUCUUUAUUUUACUGAACAUGUUCUUGGCCAUCAUAAUGGAAACAUACAACACGGUUAAGAGUGAAAUAACUCAGGGUCGCAGUCAGCUUGGCUCUUAUAUCUAUAAGAAAGUAACUGGUUUCCUUUAUAUCGUCUUGCACUGCGGUCGUAAACGUCAACAACAAGCUCCAAGGCCGCAGCGACAUGAUGCUGACGAUGAUUUACCAGAUGAUUUGGCCUCCAGUCGCUACCAACAGCCCAAGGUUCAAUUGCGCAGACAUAUGACGGAGGCAGAAGCACAGUACUUUGAAGAUGUGCCAAAUGAUGUCAAGGACAAGGACAUGUUUCGUCUUAACAAUCGCGUUUCCCUGUUGGAGGAAAUUUUGGAACAGCUGGUCACCAAUAUGGAUGCCAUACUGAAGCGUGUGGAAAAUGAAAUCAAGAAAAACAAAUAACAAUCCUGAAGCAGGAAUACAGUAUAGAAUCUACAAUAUGAGUAGGUCAAGAGGUUAACCAAGAAUUCUAUAUUAAUUUGUGUUUGUGCCUUAAAGGAAUUUGAAUAAA